AUGUCGUCGUGGCGAGGCGGCAAGGACACCGGCGGCGAGCCCAGCGUGGACGCCCAGCUCGAAGAUCUCUUCACAAAGCUCUCCCAGGCCGUCGAGCAGGGCUUGCACAAGCGCGCUCUGAAGUGCGCCGACGACGUGCUGAAGAUCUCCCCGGGCGAUGCGGACGCGAUCCGUUGCAGGGUGACCGCGCUCAUCGAGCUUCAACGUUUCGCGGACUGCGCGGCAACCAUCGAGAAGGACGUCGCGGACGAUGCCCUCAGGAAGGAUCUCGCGUUCGAGCGAGCGUACGCGCUCUACAAGUGCGGUAAGGUGGACGAGUCCCUUCGCAUCCUGCAGACGGAAACCUCCCAGGAUGAGCGCGAGUCGACGCGCGCCAUGCAGCUCGAGGCUCAGCUCAUGUACCGCGCGGGCAGGCACGACGAGGCCGCGACGAUUUACGAGGCCCUGUUCCGCGAUCGCGCCGACGACGUGGGCGAGUCGCCCAACACGGCGGUGAACCUCGCCGCCGCGCUCGUCGCCGCCGGUCGAGGGUCCGAUCUCGCCGCCGCGCUCAAGAGGCUUAAGAUGUCCCCGAAGGACUCGUUCGAGCUGGCGUUCAACUUCGCGUGCGCGCUGCUGGAGACCGGCAACCUCGCCGACGCCGCCGACUACCUCACCCUGGCCAAGAAUCAGGGCGCGGAGACGUUGAUGGACGAGGAUCUGGACGAAGAGGCCAUCGCGGAUGAGCUCGUGCCGAUUGACGCGCAGAGGGCCAGGGUCGCGGAGAUGCUCGGGAGGAAGGAAGAGGCCGCGGAAGGGUACAGGGCCGCGAUGGCGAUCAAGUCCACCGACGCCGCCACGCAGGCGAUCGCGGCGAACAACCUCGCGGCGCUCGUCGGUCCGAGGGGUGAGGGCGGCGCGGAUGCGAUGCGGCAGACGCAGCGGUUCUGCGACAAGGAUGGGAAACUGAACGACGCGCUGGUCGGCAAACUGACCGAGGCUCAACGGCGCGUGCUGGUGAUCAACAGGGCCAAGGCUCUGUUACAUUCGAAUCACCUGGACCGAUGCAGGGACGCGCUGGGCACCCUGCGUAAGCUCCCCGGCGCCGACGGAGCGAGGGAGGCGGCUAUGCUCGAGGCGGCGCUGUUCAUGCGCGAGCGCAAGCCCGAGAAGGCUGUCAAGUCGCUGACCGACCUCAUCGCGUCGGGCGCGAACGGCGACGUCGGCGCGGUGCGUGACGCGAGGCUCGCGCUCGCGCAGAUCCACGCCUCCGCGGGCGACUACGCGGCUGCGAUCGAAGCGCUCAAGGGUGUGAAGGAGCUGGAGGGCACCGCCGCCGGCGCGGCUACGCUCGUCGCGUUGCACGAGCUCGCCGGGGACGCCUCGGGCGCGGACGCGGUUCUCGACGGAUCCGGCGCGGUGGGCGCGGAGGGCGCGGCGGGCGCGGAGGUGGCGCUGAGGGCGGCCGAGCGCAAGCUCACGCGCGGCGCUCAUGGCGAAGCGAAGGCCAUCUUCGAAUCGGUGAUGGACGACGCCGCCGCCGACGACGACGACAAGCUCGCGGCUCGCGCGGGCGUCGCGCUGGCGAAGGCCCUUGGCGGAGACGUGGUGGGCGCCGAGGCGGACGCCGCGGCGCUCUUCGAGCGCGUCGCGGCGGCGGCGGGCGGCGCGACCGACGCGGAUUCCCUGGAGGAGACUUUGCCGGCGUCGGUGCUCGCCAGAGCCGCGGAGCUGGAGCGGCGCAUGCGCGGGAAGCGGGGCAAGCGCGGCGAGGACGGGGACGGCGCGCACAAACCCAAGACGCGGAAGAAGCGGAAGAAGAAGGUGAUCUACCCGAAGGGUUUCGAUCCGAGCAAUCCCGGUCCGGCGCCCGAUCCGGAGCGUUGGCUCCCGCUCCGCGAGCGGUCCACGUGGAAGGGUAAACGGAAGAAGGUGAACAUCCGCGGCGCUCAGGGCGCCAGCUCGGCCAAGGCCAUCGACCAGCUGGGCAAGACGGAGUUCAGCGGCGGCGACGCGAAGAAGGUGGACGCGGAGGCGAUGAGGGAGAAGGUGCUGAGCGUGGCGGGGGGCAAGGGCAAGAAGAAAGGCGGCAAGGGCCGUCGUUGA